GACUUUUUUCAAAAAAAAAAAAUGGCGAUGGGGGGAAUUGACCUGCUUGGUUUGCAAUUCAAAGCUCUGUUGAAGAAGAAUCUGAUACUCUCCUUGCGGAACAAGCGAUCGACGUUUAUCCAACUCUUCUCUUCGUUGUUCUUCAUCUUCCUCCUGUUUGGUAUCGACAGAGCAACCAAUGCUCAAAACGGCAACACGACGACGUACGAGGACAUUCGGGAUCCGAAGCCGCUGGUGGCUCCGGCGGUCCCUGCAUGCGAGAACAAGUACUUUGUUAGGCUACCUUGCUACGACUUCGUUUGGAGCGGGAACGAGAGCCGGACCGUUGACAGGAUCGUUAGAGCCAUUAGAGAGAACAAUCCCGGCAGGCCCAUUCCCGAUUCUAAAGUUAAAUCGUUUAGGACUACUGGUGAUGUAGAUGAGUGGCUUUUCAAUAAUCCUAUGCAUGUCCCGGGAGCUUUGCAUUUUAGAGAACUUAAUGGAAGUGUGAUUAGCUAUGGUUUACAGACUAAUUCUACUGGAAUGAGAAGACGGGGACAAUAUGAAGAUCCCACACUUAAAUUCCAAAUUCCACUACAACUUGCGGCAGAACGUGAGAUUGCUAGGUCGCUAAUUGGAGAUCCAAACUUUGGAUGGACUGUUGAAUUCAAGGAAUUUGCUCACCCCGCAGAGGACGACUUUUCCGUGUUGGCUACUGUUGGACCGAUUUUUUUCCUUGCGAUCGCAAUGUUCAGUUUUGUGUUCGAGAUUGGUUCGUUGGUGUCGGAGAAAGAACUCAAGCUUCGACAGGCUAUGACUAUGAUGGGUCUUCUUGAUUCUGCCUAUUGGUUAUCGUGGCUCACAUGGGAGGGAUUCAUGACACUUAUUUCGUCACUCUUUAUAGUUCUGUUUGGAAUGAUGUUUCAGUUUGAUUUUUUCUUGAACAACAGUUUUGCCGUUCUCUUCUUUGUCUUCUUCCUUUUCCAACUCAAUAUGGUAAAAACAUGUUCCUUGAUCUUUUCAGAUGAUUUGUUUGUGUUUAUGAUUCCCUAUGUUGAUUUCUUGAUGCUUGAUGGGCAGGUUGGUUUUGCAUUCAUGCUGUCAUCAUUCAUUAGCAAGUCAUCUGCAGCCACUACUAUUGGUUUCUUCAUUUUUAUAAUCGGUUUCUUUACCCAGAUUGUUACUUCUGCUGGAUUCCCCUAUAGUCAUACCUUCAGUCGAACUCUUCAAAAUAUCUGGUCAUUGUUCCCACCCAAUCUUCUUGCUGAAGCACUAAAUCUUCUUUCUGAGGCUACUAACACUCCACAAGACAUUGGAGUUAGCUGGAGUAGACGAACAGAAUGUGCUCCAAAUGAUGACGAAUGUAUAAUAACAAUUAAUGAUAUCUACAUAUGGUUGGUGGCAACAUUUUUUGUGUGGUUUGUUUUGGCUAUCUACUUCGAUAACAUAAUUCCAAAUGCAUCUGGUGUGAGAAGACCGGUAUUUUACUUUUUGAUGCCUGGGUAUUGGACGGGGAAAGGUGGAAAGGAAGAAGAGGGUGGCAUUUGUAGCUGUAUUUAUUCAGCUCCACCUGUGGAGCAUAAUACUCCCGAUGAUGAAGAUGUCCUUCAAGAGGAAAACCUUGUUAAAACACAAGCAAGGGAAGGUAUAGUUGAUCAGAAUGUUGCAGUUCAGAUACGUGGUCUUGCAAAGACGUAUCAUGGGACCAGGUCAUGUAGUUGCUGUUGUAAAUGGAAGAAAACUGCACCCUACCAUGCUGUUAAGGGCUUAUGGGUGAAUCUUGCAAAGGAUCAACUAUUUUGUCUUCUUGGACCCAAUGGAGCUGGAAAAACCACAGCAAUCAACUGCUUGACUGGCAUAACACCUGUGACCAGUGGAGACACACUGAUCUAUGGUAACUCUGUUCGAAGUUCUGUUGGUAUGUCAAAUAUUCGGAAAAUUAUAGGAGUUUGUCCUCAGUUUGAUAUCCUUUGGAAUGCUCUAUCUGGUCAAGAACAUAUUGAGUUGUUUGCUAACGUCAAAGGCCUACCUACAUCUAUAAUCGACUCGGUAGUUGAGAAGUCACUGGCUGAGGUCAGACUCACAGAAGCUGCAAAAGUGAGAGCUGGGAGUUACAGUGGAGGAAUGCGGCGUCGACUCAGUGUUGCUGUUGCCCUUCUAGGGGACCCGAAGAUGGUCAUUCUGGAUGAACCUACUACUGGUAUGGAUCCAAUAUCCAGAAGGCAUGUCUGGGACAUAAUAGAGCGUGCGAAGAGAGGUCGUGUCAUUGUCUUGACAACGCACUCUAUGGAAGAAGCUGAUGUUUUAAGUGACCGUAUAGGGAUCAUGGUAAAGGGUAGGCUCAACUGCCUCGGAACCUCAAUCAGGUUGAAGUCACGAUUCGGUACUGGUUUCAUUGCUAAUGUUAGCUUCACUGGAAGCAACAAUGGGCUCAACCCUCCUGAUGGAGAUGCAGCCGACACAACAUACCAACAGGAGUCUGUAAAGCAGUUCUUUAGAAACCAUCUAGAUGUGGAGCCAAAGGAGGAGAACCGAAAUUACAUGACUUUCGUCAUUCCACACGAUCGAGAAAAGCUUCUUACCAAUUUUUUCAAGGAGCUAGAAGAGAGAGAACAGGAAUUCGGCAUAGCGGAUAUACAACUUGGCCUUACAACCCUCGAAGAAGUUUUCUUGAACAUCGCAAGGCAAGCGGAGUUAGAAAGCGCCGCAGCCGAAGGACGACUAGUAACUUUGACAAUAACAUCCGGAGCAUCAGUUCAGAUACCCGUAGGUGCAAGGUUUGUGGGGAUUCCGGGAACGGAAUCUGCCGAGAAUCCUAGAGGUAUCAUGGUUGAAGUCUACUGGGAGCAAGAUGAUUCCGGGACACUCUGCAUUUCAGGUCACUCCGCCGAAAUUCCAUUACCUAAUAAUGCUCAGCCGAUGGUUUCUCCACCUAAUACCUGGAACUGCUUCAGCCGGAGAGCACCAGUUCGGGGAGUUGUGAUCGACCCGAACGACAGUGUUACACCUACUUCAUAGUCAUUCAUAUUGGACACCUUAUUUUCACACUCUUUUUACAUGAUUGCUUGAACCACUACAGUCUUUCAGGUUUUUGAGUUUUUGUUUUGUUUUACUUUUAAUGGGGGUAUAAAACAUAAUUUGUUUUGUAAA